AUCUACACAUAUAUCUUCUCUCUCUCUCUCUCUCUGUAUGCGCCACCCUCCACAUCCCUUUUCCUUCUCCUUCUCUCUCUACCACCGCUAUCUGUUUCUCUCUCUUCACUAGUUCCCUAUCUUCCAAGUUCUCUCUCUCUACCUGUUCUGUGUCCAAGCCGAAGAUGAUGACGGACGACUGGGUUACGGCGGCUCUAGCUGACGACUCGGUGGUGGUGGAGCUGUUGUUUCGUCUCAAGCACUCAUCGGAGUCGUUGGCUCCGAUGCUCGGGUGGGGACAACGCCAGCCGCGGUCGAAGCCAGCCCUAGCCUCUGAGAAGAAGGAGCGCGAGUCAACAAGGUGUAGCCCCACCACGCCUCUAUCCUGGAGCUGCGGCGGCGCCGCCUCUCCCAGCGACGGUUGCGAUGAGUCCAGCCGCCGUUCCGAUCGUUCAUCCGGUGACAGAUCCAAGGGUAUUUUCACUAAUGAGACCACUGCCACCGCCACCGCCACCACCAAUAAGCGAUCAAGAAGGAAAAAGACAUUUGCUGAACUUAAAGAAGAGGAGAUUUUGCUUCUGAAGGAGAGGAUGAAUUUGACGAAGGAGUUAGCUACCUUACGCGAAACACUUGAGGAACAGAAAGCCAAAAGUCAGAAUUUGAAGAGACUCAAGCUUGAUCUAUAUUCACAAUCAGCAAAUAAGUUGGCUGCAACAUGCGAUGAGCUGGAGGCUCCGAAUUCCAGUCAGCCCAAUUUGGCAGAAGUUUCUACUCUUGACCAUGUUUCAGUCUUGCCAACAAUUACAUCUGCUUCCUGCAAAGUAGAAAAUAAGGAAGUCGAAACCAGUGAAAGAUGCUUCGUUCUACCUGAUCUAAAUAUGAUGCCAUCUGAAGAGGAUUCUGUUUCUGGGUGUGAGACUUUAUAUGGAUUAAGUUGAUGAGAAACAAUUCCAUGGUUUCUCUUUUCUAUUCUGAAACAAGUGGCUAUGAUUAUUAAAAGGGCUUCUUGGUUCAAUAAAGACAGUCCGCGUUGGUCCUGAAUCUGCAUACGGCUAAGGAGCUGCUUGUAAGUAUUAAAAAAUCUUCUUCUAGAUAGGACAAGGUGGAGGAUAAAAUGACCCGACAUGCUCAAAUUGCCGAUUCUUGAGAGGCAAAACAAGUCAUGAAGAAGGUUUUGGAAGGUUAGUGUAGAGAUUGUAGCAGUUUGACAUGUAGAAAUUUUUUGAUGUUCUGAAGAUUCACAUUUGUCUUGAAAUUCUUUGGGGGUUAAAUCGUCAUUAACUUCAUUUGGGGAAAUAUAUCAAAGACAUUAAUGUGUCUUUAUUCUUUACUUGGUAGGUAUAUACAUGCAUACAAUUGUUAGAUACCUGUGGAACUACAUAAAAAUCGUUAUUUGACAA